AUGGUAAUUACAUUACAUACAUCAUUAGGUGAUUUAAAAAUUGAAAUAUUUUGCGAGGCAGUACCACAAGCAUCAGAGAACUUCCUAUCCCUAUGUGCUAGUGGUUAUUAUGACGACUGCAAGUUUCAUCGGAAUAUUAAAGGUUUCAUGGUACAGACAGGUGAUCCUACAGGUACUGGAAAGGGUGGCCAAUCAGUAUACGGGGAACCGUAUCCAGAUGAGAUACGAUCAACACUCAAAUUCAACAAUAGAGGUCUUGUAGCUUUCGCGAAUAGUGGACCUGAUUCAAAUAGAUCACAAUUUUUUAUAACGUAUGGUCCUGCAGGUCAUUUGAAUACAAAAUAUACGAUAUUUGGUAGAGUAAUCGAUGGUGCUGAGAAUGGUACUCUAGAUGCAAUUGAAAGAGUUCCAGCUGGUACUCAGAAGGAAGGCUGGAGACCGAAGAAUGACAUAAUUCUAAAAAAUGUCACUAUACAUGCUAAUCCGAUAGCAAUGCAGAGGGUGGAAAAUUCAUAUGUUUAGUCAAAUACUUUAAUAAUGAUAUAGAUUCAUUGUAAAUUAUUAAUAUUACACAUUUAUCGAUUGUUUUUAUUUCAACAAUUUGCUUGCAAGAAUAUUUUGUACAUUUCAGUUGAUUCAAUAGCAUCCUCGCUAUUCCUAUGAGUGACGAAUAACUCAACAGUGUUUUGACGCUUCAAUUGAAUCGACCAAGCUUGUUGGCCGUCCUGUAAAACUUUUGGAUUUAUUGAAUUGUAAGGUAUUACAGUACCAUUACAUCUCAAUAAAAUGUCCUUUGUUGUAUCGAUAUUAGAGUCUUCCUUAUUAUAUGACACCACUUCAAUUUUAGCACCUGGUGAGCUUGGUAUAAUCAAUGCAUGAUCAACGAAUGUUUCAAAUCCAAUCAAGGACCUAUGAACUUUUAGAGCUUUAAGUGAAGGUUGCAUUUUAAGCAUUUUAUUACUAUGUGUUGAAUCAGGUUCCGGAUCUCUUGGUUCAAGAAUUUCUUUGUCAUCUUGCUUUUGUUUACUUUCAGAUGUUGACAUAUUGCCUGAAGGUGACGGUGAAGCCAUAUGUGAGUAACCCUUUAGUUGAUGGGCUAUGUUCUCUUGUGCAUUAUCCAUAGAUGAUCUCUCAGAUUGAAACUGACUAGAAUCUAAAGCCAUUAUUGAGUUCCCAAGACUUAUUCGACUUGAAACCAUUGGAGGUUUGGUUUUCGGUGGUGGUUUGACUUCAACGUAAGUUGAUUCCAUACGACUGCCAUCUUGAUUUAAGACGAUCCUAGCAAGCUUUUCAUCAAGCAUAUCAUCCGGUACAUGCAAUUUGAGUAAUUCAUAAAGAACAUACUUGAGUUCUUUGGCAUCUGCGUGUAUUUCGGAACCUUCUUCAUUGAAAUGCAUGGCGUUGUUGAACAUUAACUCUAAAUCUUCAACAAUUUCACUAAUCGUAGUGUAGAACUUUUCAGCCAUAUUCCUAUUAAUAAUGUCAAAAGACAUCGGAUUUUCUAUCACAUCGUAAUAGUACGGAAACUCCUUUUCAUCUGGUAAAACCAUAAAUGGUUCUGAGAGAACUCUGAUAUUAGGUUUAUCCCUCUGUAUUACCAAUUUAUCUAAAACCUUUUUGACUAUCUUGUUAAUACCUUUAGGACGACCACGUUUGCUCUUAACUGGCGGAUGAAAAGCGGAGGGUAAGUUCGAAUCAUUUUCCACAUCACCAUCAACACUACCAGAUUCACAAAACUUCUGGAAUGAUUCUUUGACCUUUUUUAACAUAAAUUUUGCAUCCAAAACAAUUUGUGAUUGCUUUGCGUUAUACUUUUUUGCGUUUGCGAAGCAAAGAUCAAAAUCGUUCUUCAUUUCAAGUAAACUGACGUAUUCAUUGUUAUUGAGUCUGUCUUGUAUUUCUUUAAAUGAGAUUGGCUGUCGAGUCUAUUAGACUUAUGAAGAUAGGAAUAAAAGAAGUUCACCUUUUUAAUAAUCGAAUAAUAAUCAGGUAGAACUUCACCAUUUGGUAAUUCUAAAAACUCUAGCGAUACUUGUCUACCUGAUUCAUCCUUGAGAUCCUUUAUCUUAUCAAAUAGCUUCCUAGCUUGUUCAAGCUCUUGUUGUAAGUUAUUUACUUGGUAGCUAGUCUCUAGCUUAUCAGAUCCAAGCCUCCUUCUCUUUCGUGAGUUCUCAGAUAUGAGGUUAUCGUCAGAGAUGUGGUGAUCGUCUAUCUUUGUGUCUACUGGGAGUGGCUCGUCGACGUAAUCGUCGUCUGCUUCUCCUUUAAACUCAUCUUUGACUGUCGUCAU